AUGAGCGAUGAUAGCCCGUCACUGCAACCCCUGAUUGGAUCAAUUAUCCGAUUGACCCACCUGGGUAAUCCGCUCACCCCGAGAUUAUCUGAUCCUCGUCACAUCGGAGCCUGCGGUCGAGAACGGUGCCUGGACCACUCAAGACUUUCUCGUCUGAAACCCCCCGGGUCUCUGUCCCUUCAGAUUAUGUGCCUCACCAGCAUCACGAAUCUCUCCUCUCUUCUUUCCAACCUCCCAUUGCGCCCAAUACUUAAUUUCUGUCUAUCCUCAUACAGCCUCCCCGAAAAUAAUUGA